CGCGCCCCGCCGAGCCCGGCCCGCCCGCCGCCAACUCGCCCCGAUGAUGGGCUCGGUGCUGCCCGCCGAGGCCCUGGUGCUCAAGCCCGGGCUGAAGCCGCAGGGGCUCUCGCUGGCCGAGGUGAUCACCUCCGACAUCCUGCACAGCUUCCUCUACGGCCGCUGGAGAAACGUCCUGGGCGAGCAGCUCUUCGAGGAGAAGAGCAGCCCCAAGACCGCCUUCACGGCCGAGGUCCUGGCUCAGUCUUUCUCCGGAGAGGUGCAGAAGCUGUCCAGCCUGGUGCUGCCGUCGGAAGUGAUCAUCGCCCAGAGCUCCAUCCCCGGGGAAGGGCUCGGCAUCUUCUCCAAGACCUGGAUCAAGGCCGGCACCGAGAUGGGACCGUUCACGGGCAGGGUCAUCUCGCCGGAGCAUGUGGACCUGUGCAAGAACAACAACCUCAUGUGGGAGGUCUUCAACGAAGACGGCACGGUGCGGUACUUCAUCGAUGCCAGCCAGGAGGACCACCGCAGCUGGAUGACCUACAUCAAAUGCGCGCGGAAUGAGCAGGAGCAGAACCUGGAGGUGGUCCAGAUCGGGAACAGCAUCUUCUACAAGGCCAUUGAGAUGAUUCCUCCGGACCAAGAGCUGCUGGUCUGGUACGGGAACUCCCACAACACUUUCCUGGGCAUCCCGGGUGUGCCAGGGCUGGAAGAGGAGCAGAAGAAGAACAAACAUGAGGAUUUCCACGCGGUGGAGACGGGGGCCAGCACGACGGGCCGCAUGCGCUGCGUCAUCUGCCACCGGGGCUUCAACUCCCGCAGCAACCUGCGCUCCCACAUGCGCAUCCACACCCUGGACAAGCCCUUCGUGUGCCGCUUCUGCAACCGCCGCUUCAGCCAGUCCUCCACCCUCCGCAACCACGUCCGCUUGCACACCGGCGAGCGUCCCUACAAGUGCCAGGUUUGCCAAAGUGCCUACUCCCAGCUCGCCGGGCUGCGGGCACACCAGAAAAGCGCCCGCCACCGGCCCCCCAACGCCUCCCUGCAGGCUCACUCGCCGGCCCUGCCCGUGCCCCAUCCUGCCUCCCUGGCCCAUCACAUCCCCACCAUGGUGCUGUGAAGCCCCGGCGUGGCAGCAGGUUUUCGGACAGCAAAGACUGGUGCUGAGACACGCGAUAAACUGGGGGGUGUGUGUGUCAGCCCUUGGCAGAGCUGGGGGGCAGCGGCAGGGCUGCUUUGUGUCUUGAAAGGCGGCGGGGUGCUGGUUUAUUUUUGGAGCGUCGCCGUUCGCAGGGGGGGUUUGGGCAGGCUGUUUGGUGAGCAAAGGGACCUUCCCUCCCCAGCUCUGCGAGCAGCCACACCGUGUGGGAUCCUCCCCGGGGAGAUGUGGUCUGCGCAGGGUGGGCUGCUGGUCCCUGGGGAUGGCAGGGGGGAGAGGGGUGAAGGGACGCAGUGGGACGUCCUGCGUGGAUUUGCCGGUGCACUGCGGGAGGGCUGGGGCAGCCUAAAGGCUGGGCCUGGAUGAGUCAUACCUGGGUUUUACAGAUAAUUUGAUGGAAAGAAAAAUUGCUCUUAGCCGCCCUCCUCUGCUCCAGCGACUGCCCAGAGAGAGGUGUGCCCGUUGGAAGGCUGGCACAGCCCUGCUGCAGCCACCCCGUUCAUGCCUGUUGACCCCAGGGGUGGCUUUGUCCCGGGUGGCUCUUUCCAAGUGACGCAUUUCCUUCCUCGGGAGCCCUGAUUUAUCAAACAGUCGCGUCUUCCCCCGCCCCACAUCCCUUUGCCUGCCCUCCUCCAGCCCAAGCUGUGUGUUGGGGUUUGCCCGACACCUCCGAGCAAUGCCAUGGGCAGAGGGGACACCCCCAGCACGACAUGCCGGCUGGAAAUACCCAUCCAGGGGCAGGUUUGGCAGGAGACCCUGUGCUCUGCCAGGCUGUCCCUGCUCCAGCCCCGGGGAGCAUCGCUUUCCAUCGCUCCCCAUCAUUCCCCAUCGCAUCCCGCAGCUGGGAAGAAACAUUUCAGCUGUUACUUCUAGUGCCCUCUGGGGACAGAGAAACCCAUCCCCGGGCCAGCUCUGUCCCCAAGGACAACUCUAAGCGCCCUCUGGAGUCCUGCCACACGUGAGAGGAGGGCUGUGUAUCAUAAAGCUUAAAAGAAGGUAUUCUAAUAUUAAUUAUAAGUCUAAGAUGUAUAAAGUUCUCACAAACUGUGUUUUACUUCCAGGAAAAGAAAAAAAAAAGCAAAACAAAAACA